AUGGGCUUCAGUGGGCUGGCUCGAUGGACUAAUGCGCCCAGCACUGGACUGGAUCUCGUUACGGAAAAUAUUCAACACAACUAUGCGGGUGUUGUGAUUGGUAAAUGGCAGUUGUCUAUCCGCUCCUACCGAUCCACCCUGGGUACAAUACCUGGUUUCCAAAUACCUGCUGAGCGUUCCAUGGCUGCUCUUACUAUGGAUAACAACGUCUUUGUCGUCCUAGAGGAUCCCAUGGCACCUACUCGAGCAGAUUUCUUGCAACAUGUUGCUACUCUAGACCCGUCCCAACCCGUACCGGAUCCAUCACAUUACCGGUCGACGUUCUUGACCCUUAGACCGCCUGGCGCCCUGGAGCAACUCUUGGCUCAACUGAAAGCAAAAUGGGUGUCGUCGCGACAAUCAGCACCUGAUACCUCCCAAAGAGGAUCCUCCUCCGGUUCCCAGGUCAGGAUAGAAGGCCGGAUCUUCUCCAUUGGCAGUGACUGGAUUGUUCGUGCGGGAACGGUGUUGUUAGGGGGCGGCACUAAUUCCACGAAAGGUAUGCUUCUUGAGGCCGAAUAUCGGCCUUUGCCCGUCCUCCACUCCCAGACAGCGGAUAGUGCUUCGGAGCUACUAUCGAACCUCCUCACCGCUAUACUACCGAAUGUCCGCGACGCGAAGAUUGUAGCAGUCACGAUCAGCGACUCGCAAUGGGAAGAGGUACUUUGGGAUCGUGAACAAGAGGAGGACAAUAUUGAGGAUAAGCAAGAAGAGAUCGUCGAUGAUAUCUUUGUUUCUGGUGACCAAGACUUGCCUGUUCAAAGGAAAGGAGACUGGAUAGGUUUAGAGCGUGAUCGCCGGUCCGCGUUCCUGAUUAUUGGUGCACUGAGAUCGGAAGGUAUAUUCUGA